AUAGCCUAAGCAAAGGGCGUGCGCACCUCGUCGCUGUCAGUUUGUGAAUGCGCAUGCCCGAUCUCGGAAGGCGAAUGCGGUACAGAAAACAAGGAUUGUAGCUGCCUGGGAGGGAGGCGAGAAGGUAGAUCUAGCUAGCCCUUGAGACUGAAGUCUCGCUUUAGAACGAAAUAAAAUCUUGUUGCGUUCCAUACCAUCGUGUGCGGUGGCUCGGGAUUCGAAACUCGUAAUUAGGAUGCAGGGAAGCUGUAGCCAGUGACUGUGUGCCGGCUGUCGUUGUCCACGCGUCUCUUUUUUUCUCGGGGUCACCGUUUCCAGGAGAAGCGUGAUCUGAGCGGCAGAACCUUCCUGCGCGCCGGAACCAGCGUCCGAUCAGUGAUCUCCUGCCCAGGAGACCGCAGCUGCCGCACGCACGCACGCCCCUUCGCCUCCCCCCUCCCUCCCCAACGUCACCGCCAUGGUGCUCUCACAGAGACAACGAGACGAACUAAAUCGAGCGAUAGCCGAUUACCUCCGUUCCAAUGGCUAUGAAGAGGCAUAUUCAGUUUUCAAGAAGGAGGCGGAAUUAGACAUGAAUGAGGAGUUGGACAAGAAGUAUGCUGGCCUUUUGGAAAAGAAAUGGACUUCAGUCAUCAGAUUACAAAAGAAGGUUAUGGAAUUAGAAUCAAAGUUGAACGAGGCAAAAGAAGAGAUCACUUUAGGAGGACCCAUUGGACAGAAGCGAGACCCCAAAGAAUGGAUCCCCCGCCCCCCGGAGAGGUACGCCCUGAGUGGCCACAGGAGCCCCGUCACCCGGGUCAUCUUCCACCCCGUCUUCAGUGUCAUGGUCUCCGCUUCAGAGGACGCCACAAUAAAGGUGUGGGACUACGAGACGGGAGACUUCGAGCGCACCCUGAAGGGCCACACGGACUCCGUGCAGGACAUCUCUUUCGACCAGACUGGCAAGCUGCUGGCCUCCUGUUCUGCGGACAUGACCAUCAAGCUCUGGGACUUCCAGGGCUUCGAGUGCAUCCGGACCAUGCACGGACACGACCAUAAUGUUUCGUCUGUAGCUAUUAUGCCCAAUGGAGAUCACAUAGUAUCUGCCUCAAGGGAUAAAACCAUUAAGAUGUGGGAGGUAGCCACUGGGUACUGCGUGAAGACGUUCACCGGCCACAGAGAGUGGGUGCGCAUGGUGCGGCCCAACCAGGACGGCACGCUGAUCGCCAGCUCCUCCAACGACCAGACGGUGCGCGUGUGGGUGGUGGCCUCCAAAGAGUGCAAGGCCGAGCUGCGGGAGCAUGAGCACGUGGUGGAGUGCAUCUCCUGGGCGCCCGAGAGCGCACACCCCACCAUCCUGGAGGCCACCGGCUCAGAGACUAAGAAGAGUGGCAAACCUGGACCCUUCCUGCUUUCCGGCUCCAGAGACAAAACCAUCAAGAUGUGGGACGUGAGCAUUGGCAUGUGCCUUAUGACACUGGUGGGGCAUGAUAACUGGGUGCGUGGAAUCCUCUUCCACCCCGGCGGGAAGUUCAUCGUAAGCUGUGCUGACGACAAGACCCUGCGGAUCUGGGACUACAAGAACAAGCGCUGCCAGAAGACCCUGGGUGCCCAUGAGCAUUUUGUUACCUCUCUGGAUUUCCACAAGGCAGCUCCCUAUGUCGUCACUGGGAGUGUAGAUCAAACAGUAAAAGUGUGGGAGUGUCGCUGAUGGUCACCGGCAGGACCCCCACACUGAUCCACCUACCGCCUCUCCCCCCUCCCCACCAAAAGCCCAUUCCACCCUUGCCAACACCCACCCACCUCACCCCACCCUCCAACCCCCUGCUCCAUCUUCUUCUGGAUGCACUCAAAACUUACCAUGGUUAUUACCCAUUGAGCUCUGGUUAAAUAACUAUUGUCCUUUUAUGUAAAUUAUUCUGGAUGUAGAUUCAGCUAUUAAAUGUUACACGAAAAAAAGUAUUCUUGCAUGGUGAAUCCAAAAUUGUAUACUGUAAAUUUACAUAACGUUGUUUAGAAGUACCAUAGGGUUUAACACGGGGCCGAACCUUUCACAUUGGUCCGACCUACCGAAGGCAGACGUCGACUGGGUUUAACGUAGGGCACUAAAACUGAUAAUUUAAUGACAGUGUCGUUCUUAUGUGUCAUUUAUUUUUGUCUGUCUAUUUUUUUAUUUAGAUUUUGUUUUGUUUUUCUUUCUUUUUGAUUUUUUUUUUUCCACUGUCGUAGUCUGUUGGUGCCUAGCUUGGUGACAUUUGAGGGGGGUAAAAAAGACAAUAUAAAAGGAAAAGCUAUAAUCCUUCCGUGGAGAUUUGGUUGUCUGUGGGGCUUGUUCUGAGAAAUUUCUCUGUAGCUUUGUAACAUCACUUCUGAAGUGUGCUUACCAUUUCUCUUCUUGUGGAACUAGAUCAUAUUUUAAUGGCUGCAUCUAAGAAUGUUUUCAAAACCUGUUGUCUGGAAAACCUUUAGGGAUUUAAAAAGCUUUGUGCUCUUGUCAUGACACGUCCUACGGCCUAAAGUCAGUGAAGGAACUUUCACUUUUGAAUACUCGAAGGACACAUUCUUGAACUGGCGUUUGAGUUUGCCAGUUAGGUUGCAGAGUGAGCAGCAUUAUUCGAUUUAUGCUUUUUAUUUUUGUUUGGAUUUUUGUAUUUCCGGCCAUAAGCCACAUUCCCAUAGUGACACCCAUAGCUUUAUCAACCUCUCACAUCUUUAACUGGAGAUUUAUCUUGACACUGUGGUUUCAUUUUUUUUUUUAAGCCACCCCAUCCCACCCCCAAAUCAGAAGCAGCCCAAGCAUCUUAAGGCAUCGUCAUGGCACCCCUCUGAAACGCUCCAAUUGGGUUUGGGGUUUGCUCUUUGUAGGGCUCUCAUGGCAUAGUAGAAGUAUAACUCAAUUAAUGUGAGUAAAUUCAUGCCUCUGUUCCCUCCAUGAAGCACUUAGUUUACCACAGCAAAACAACAAACAAACAAAAUCAUGUAAACCUGUGCUCCAGGCCCUUUUGUUUUUGGUUUGCUGCUCUAGUGGAAAAUUGAAGAUUAGCUCCGCUAAGUUUUAAAAAUACGUCAACCCCUUUCUUUUGUGUGGGAGAGAUGUAGAGCAUGACAAGGAUUCAAAGUUUUCCCUUAUGUGUGUGUUGGGGGAUGUGCAAAAAACGAAGAAGAAAAAAAACGUCUCUUGUAAGCAGGACACAAACUAAAUAAAAAUCUAUAUUGUUAAAAGAAAAUGGAGCGAAAGGAAACCAAUUUCUAUGAUGAAAAUGUAAAGCUUGUUAGUGAGGUGGAAGUUCAGUGCUGUCAUUGGUUAGGUUUACAGGGAUUUAUUUAAAUCAACUUUUGAAAUGAAAGUGAGAUUGGUUCCAAUGCCAGCAGUUGCUGCGCUUUUGCUAAUGCCUGCUCUAUGCAGAGAAGCCCAAUGUGAGGGGCAUCUGCCACUUAAAUUGGCAUAUUCACCAGGUGACCACAGCGGCUCCCUCCCAUUGGCCUGGCGCAACUGAAUCGGUGAGGUUGAGCGUGCUGGAGGCUCGGUGAAAGUCCUUACAGGCAACGCAAUCGACCAGUGGCCGUCCUGUUAGCGGCAACCAUGGAUUCCCACGCUGCUCAGCUUGCAGUCCCCAUAUAUAGGAUCAGUGUAAGAGCAGGCGAUGGGAGCUCCUUUUAAAUAAAUCCCAGCCAACAGUGACCAGCUAUUCCUUUCAUUAACUUGAGAAAUUAUCAACAGGAGUUCAAAAAAAAAAAAGAAAGUCUGACCAGGGCAGCAGACUGACAGAAAUUGAAGAGAAUGAAAAUGGAAAAAUUAAUUAAAAAAGGAAUAGAAGUAAAAAAUCCAGUUAACUUGCACAUCCCUGCUCUGUUUAGAUCUUUGGGUUCACUUCCAACCUGGAGCUCUAAGACAUGUAAAACGUAUUAAUAAAUGCAUAAAACUGAUUUCAUUUUUUUAAUUAGCCCUUUUUCCAUUACAAUGCAAUGACAUAAUAAAAAAAAAAUAUCCUCUGCUUAUCCAACCUGUUAUCUAGCUAAUUUUCCUGUUGUGUGUACCUGCUGAUGCUGCCGCUAAUGAUGACGAUAGAAUCCUAACUCUGGUAGUGACUAGUCCGAGGUCUGCUCCUGUCGACCAACACUGCUGCAUGCAACAGUACUGACGAUCGAGCUGUCUGGGUGAGGGGUGUCUGUGGUGCAGACAAGCGUUGAAUGCUAAAGCGUGUGACAUUCGUCUCUUAUGACUAACCCUCAGGACUCCCUGCUGCUAUGUCAAAGCAGCCUAAUUGACAACUUUAAUUGUUAAAUAAAGAAAUAAAAUAAAUAAAAAAUAUAUAAUGAACAGAAACAAUCUUUCAUCUCUAGUUUAAAGGGGAUGGUUGUGUGUAUGUACAUAGAUGAUCUAAUGCGAUUAGCUAUUUAAUGUCUUCAAACUUAAGACACCCCUACCAGAUAGGUCAGCCAGCAUGAUGAACUGUGGACAGCUUAAUAUGUGGUUGUAGAAAAGACUUGGUCUCUGUGCUGUACAAUGGAGGAUGACUCCUGUUUUUUAUAUAUAUUUUUUUUUCUCCAUUUGUGAUGGGAUUGCGGCAGACUGGAGACCCCCCCAACCCCCCUUCCCUAAGGGAGGUAUCCUCCAACACCACACCACUCCCCCACCCUUACCCAAGGAAACACCGUUGAUGCCUCCUGUAGAACAAUAACCUCCCAUUUUGGGAGAGGAUUGCUUCAGAUUGCGUUAGUCAAAUCAUCUCUUUUUGAUUUUCUUGUUUCUCUUGAGUCCAUAGCCAGGGUAGAGUACUGGGCCCACUGGCCCUUCACACUACCCUGUGACCUACUGGAUGGGAAGAGAGACCUCAAAUACACCAAAGGGUGUAUGUGAAAUGCUUAAGGUGAAAGAUGUGCAAAUGUUUCAUGCUGUAAACUCUCGUACACAUCAAAAACCAAAAAAUGUGGGAAACAUAGGACAUUGCAUUUAGCUAGAUUGCCCUGAUUAUCUUUUUCUCUCUAUUUUCUGUUCUUAUUCACGGUGUCCACAGAUGAUCUCUACAACAACAAAAAGUCAUCCAUCUAAACCUGCUACUCCCUUGCUGUUGGCAGACCUCAGGAUUCUUUCGGCCAUAGGUCUUCACAGACAAACGAAACAAAGUUGGUUAACUUUUGCAAGAAUUUUCUGACUUGCCUCUUGAAAUCAGAUUUCCCUGGUUUAUAUUUUUGGCUGCAGAGGAUGAAACUAGAGGCGUUCUUGAGUUCUGUUGAUGUGCUUUCAACAGGCACCAGGCAGACCCAACAGCCCACAACGCAGGCAUUAGAUCCUGUGCUCCUAUGUGGCCUGGGAGAGGAGAGGGAAAAAAGCUCAUGUUUGCCACUUACAGGUCCCAAGCAAUCCCAAUGCUGCACUUGCUGUCAGGGCUCAUGCACAGACAGGCAGUAGAGAUGCCCAACGCAUCGCUGUCUGUGGGUCUGUCCUCCAGCCUAGAGUCCAUCUGUGUGCUCGGCGCGUGCUUUGUGAAUAGAUUCGAGGGCUUCAGAUUUCACAGCUCUAAUGGGAUUUUUUGCUUUUAUGGUAUCACUGUUCACUCAGCCAAUUGUUAACAAUAUAUCUGGAUGUCAUUGUUUGCAACAUAAUUAAAGAAAAUCUCAAAAUUG